AUGCGAAAGGCUACGUUUGAAGGUUUCCGAGGGAACCGGUUUUCGAUUCCUAUACCUCAAAAAGGGGAAUCCUCUCGAAAGUUCAUCGAAGACGAUGAAGACUUGAUCACUGAUUGUUUCGAGAGUGGUUUUGAUGAUUCUUUAGAGGACAUCUGUGGGAUAGUUUCCAUUCUUCCUUCUGAGUAUGCGGGAGCAAUGGAAUCCGUCAAUGAACAAGAGGAUAUUCAUCGAGAAGACUUCUUCGAUGACCCGAAUUACGAGUCUAAGAUCGUGUGGAAAGUGCCGACGAGUUUUGCGAGAAGGCAUUGGCAAGGAAUGUUGAAUCCUGUUAUUCUAAGUCUCCCAAACGGCGCCAAAAAGAAGGUUUAUUGGCUGAGGCAUGAUGGCGAUGUUUGGUUUUGCAAUGGUUGGAAGGAAUUUGCAACAUAUUCGCGUUUGGAAGCGUCACAUUUUGUGGUGUUUCGAUACGAAGGAAAUUCCUCCUUCAACGUGAUUAUUUUUGGGAAAAGCGCGGUGGAAGUGGAAUACCCUUUAAGCAGUGAUAGUAAUGAAGAAGUGGAAGAGACUCAUGGCACUGAUAAAAAUGUUGAAGAGCGUUCAUCACACAAGGGUAAAAGGAAAAAAUCUCCAUCACCAUUAUCUAGAACUAGUAAGAAGAUUCAAAUAAGCCCAAAAAUAGAAGUAGAAGAAGAAGAUCAACUGAAUCAUUGGAAGAAGAAAGCUGGUUUAGAUAAUUCCAAGUAUAUUCAUAAUGGUAGUUUCAAGAGGAGUAUCAGAAACUUUCACGAGAAAGUAAAGACAAUGUUCCACUCUGAGAAUGAACAUUUCACAUGUGCAAUCCAAAAAACAUACAUUGAAAGAGAUCUAUUGAUCUUACCAAUGGAAUUUUCUAAACAUUAUUUGCACAAGGAUGGUGCUACUCUUUUUAUUGAAGAUGGCAGAACUUGGGAUGUUGAGUUAAAGGUCAAUUACUGUGGACAAUUGACAUUUUCCAUUGGCUGGAAGAAAUUUUCGCAGGAUAAUGAAUUGAAAGUUGGUGAUGUUUGUGGUUUUGAGCUACACAAAUAUAAAGGAUUUUCAUUCAAAGUUACUGUUUUUCGUUUCGAAGAGGACUCAAGCACUCCCCUCUUCAUAGGUGAGAAUGAACUGGAUGUGGAUGACACUAAAGAUGCUGAAAGUUAA